GAUAUCUUGGACGGCACACACAGACACGUCUGCCUGCUGCGUUCUCUACAGAAUACGCCCCCAACACGCAAACAAACACUCACACAGCCCAGACAACAGGACCCUCUCGUCACUUGGGUCGUUUUUUUCUGCCUGUUUUUCCAGUCACACGAAGCAACAAAGCCGCCGGCAAGUUCACAGCCCUGAGAUAGUGCCACGUACUAGCUUCACAGAGGCCUCUGCAAGAAUACACAAGUACGCAGGAACACAGACAAGCACAUACAGCAUACAAAAGCAUCCAAGCAUCCGAAAAGUCUCUGCUAUCAAGGAAAAAGAAAAAGCAUCAUCAUGUAUAGACACUCCAAUCAAUCUGCCGGCUCUGCUGGGUCCGUGGGUAGAAGAAUCUCCACCAACAACCCGUUCCGUUCGGCGUUGCUGCAGGAGGGAAAGGCCAGAGACAGAACUCUCUCCGGCUCGGGCUCCACAAGCGUCGAGGACGCUCAGUACGCAAACUGGUUGGACCGGCGUAUAGAAGAAGAGCAUCGUGACGAGCAUAGAAGAGACAGCUACUUGUCCAACGACGAUGACUACAACGACGACGCCAGCUCUUUCAUAGAGGGGGACGAAAUAAACUUUAUCAACCCGCAGACCAGCAGGUCUCGUUCCUCGUCUAAGCCUCUGAACCUUAGAACCUCCAGCGACAACUCCAUCCAGAGACCGUCGGGCAACCCGUUUGCGCAACCUUCCAGAUCAGAGCGUAGCAACUCAGGAACAAAUACCCAAGCCCCAAUGAGGUCCUAUCAACGGGGUCAGCCAGAAAAGACGAAAAAGGAUGCCUAUGGUGCUCCGCCCCCUCCUCCAUACGACGAAGUGGUAGGGAAAAAAUACGCCAAAAACAACUACCCUAGAGAUGAGAAAACACCAUAUGCGGUUGAUGCCAACCCGUUCCCUGUUGAAGACAGCCACGAGGGUGCUCCUCGUCGGGCCAAAACCAUAAGCUCACGUCGUGCAGCCCCUCCUCCUCCUCCGGCCCACACCAAGCCUAGAUUGAAUCCAGAUACCAUGACUAACACGACAACUACUAGAAUUAUGUCAGAUGGAAGGGUGAGAUCCAAAAGUACCGGCGAGCCUUCACCGCGGGCGUACGAUGAAUCACGUCGUAGCAGACAUCGUCAAUCUCCAAGAACAGAUGACCAUAUGGAACCUCGUGGCCAGCGUAGUUUGGGUCAUCAUCAUCACCACCAUCACCAUCAUCAUCAAGACUAUGAGAGAAGCCGGGAUAGAUACUACGACAGAGACUAUGACAGAGACUAUGACAGAGAUUACGAGAGAGAUCACGAUAGACCGCGGAGAUCAGGUACUCGGAAGAAGUUUAUUCAAGAACGGUCCAAAAAUUUGGACACAAUAGACAGGUUGGAUGUCACAGGUUUCUUUGGAGGUGGUAAGUUCCACCAUGAUGGACCUUUCGACGCAUGUACUCCACAGCGUAAUAAAGAUGCCAAGGUCGCUCCUGUUGACGCCUUCCCGAUCGAUGGUCCCAACAACUCCAUCAAAGGUAUGGCGCCGGGCAACUCUAAGGAUGAACAAUACGAUAUGGUGUUUGGUAUCGAUAAAACGACACAAGAUGAUACAACCUACCCUGUGGAAAGUGGCAAAGCCAGGAGUAACUCCGGCUCAGAUUUACUGAAAAGAGGUUACACUAAUGGUACAGUUGUCAAACGAGCAGAUACGGAAGAUUUAGAGAGCUUGGUCCCUGGCGCAAAAGAGCCAGGAUUAACCCAAGUCGAUGCAGCAGCCACUGAUAAGUUGCACGGAGAUACCACUCUAGGCUUAGGUAGCAGUACAUUUAUGGAUGGUGCCCCUGCUUAUGGUGCAAGAUCUUCAAGUGGCGGAGAUUUGCAAAGAAAGAAAACAUUUUUAGGCAGGAUGAAAACCAUUGUCAGAAAAUAAACUUCAAUUGAUAUACCUUUUUGUUUUUAUUUCAAGCUUUACUAUGAUUCCUCCUCUCAAAUAUUUUGUAUAGUCUGUUUUCCUUUUCUCAGUUCCUUUUCCUAAAAUACAUGAUUUUUCUCUUGGUU